UUUUAUCUGUAAAAACAAAAAAAAAAUUGUUGUGUUUACCGAAUACCGUCUGAUUUUUCUUUGAAUAAUUAAUUUGAUUUAAAAAUGAUAAUAUUUCUCAGUGAGUUACAAAAAGAACACCUCCACUUACUUCAUCAGCAUUCCACACAGGUAUUAGUUGACUUUUGUAAGCUUACAAUAGACUAUCUCUGUAAUGGGAUGAAUCAGAAAAAAUGUGCUAUAGCUGCAGAAAAAUUGGAUAUAUCUGCUCUGGUUGUACAAAAUCUAUUACAUGCUUUAGCUUAUUUGAUUGUAGAAGCCUGUAAACACAAUCUCUCAGAAACAAAUUUUGUGUCAUCACUAGCUAUAGCAGGUUUUUCAGAAGACAAACAAAAAGUUUUACUUAAGUUAUAUAAUACCAAGAAGGGUGAAAUAUCUGCAGCUCUAAACUUGCUCCAACAGAAAGAUCCCAGCUACCAGGAUCUUAGUUGGAGAUUUGAAAUACAGAUUGCUUCCAAAAUGUCGCAUGAAGAAAUAGUACCAAUGAUUGCCAUGGAUUUUGUACUGACAACACCAAAAAAUUAUGGUCAAUAUGAAAAAGACUACACUCAAACAUCACCAAAACAUAUAAAUUCUGUAUCAAAAAUAAAUAUUAAUUCCUCAAUUCAAGACGCUAAGGCUUCAAGUCAGUGCCAGCAGGUUAUAAACCAUGUUCUACUUCAAUCUGAUAUGCCCAACUUAUUACAUUUAACAAAUAAGUUAGAUGAAGCGCUUAAAGAAUCUAAAAGUCAACAUGUACGUAAAGUACAAAGGUCUUUAUAGUAACUAUUGAUAAGAUGUGGAGAUGAAUGAAUUACUAUUAAAUUGUAAAAUCAUUAUAAGGAUUAAAAUAUCUUGUAACUACAUAGUGUAAUUUAAUAAACUAAUUUAUAUUGUAA